AUGAAGCCACACACUACCCUUAAAUGUCAGUCACGUAUCUCAACAAUAGCUUUACUUGCAAUGAUAUCUCGUUUUUUUACUUGGCUUGUUGCUUUUCUUUCCGUUUUUAUAAUCGAUGCUUAUGAUUCAGCCUCUGAUAUCAUAUUGGAAAAUGAGUCAUCCGGAAUCAUACAAAAAUUGUUUAAUUUGUCUUUUCAUGUAUUUCUACGUUGGGAUGCCUUUUAUUUCUUACAUUUGGCUGAAGAAGGAUACAUUUACGAGCAAGAACAUGCGUUCUUUCCACUGUUUCCGUUACUAGCGAGAUCGUUAGGAAAUUCACGCAAGUUAUUUAUCAAUUUUAGCUCCAAAUUUUUUUAA